UACACCAUUUUCUUACUGAUCAUGUGCAAGGCCACAUUACAGUCAAGCAAGGCCCUUCGUUCUGUAAAUGUAGUUAAUUUUGGAGCUGUUGGAAAUGGAAAUGCAGAUGACUCUAAUGCUUUUACGAAGGCUUCGGAAGCAGCUUGUGGAGCUACAGGAGAAGCCAGUCUCACAGUGCCAGCUCAAAAGACAUUUUUACUGAAGCCUGUGAAGUUUCUUGGUCCUUGCAAGUCCUCUCAAAUUAACAUUUUGGUUCAAGGGAAUAUAGUUGCACCAAGCAAAAUAUAUCAGAAUGGCCAACACCUUAUAUGGGUACCUGGAUUGUGUUUGCAGGAGUAAAUAAUAUUUCUGUGGUUGGAAAAGGAGAAAUUGAUGGGAGAGGGUCUGAGUGAUGGAAGUGUACAAGUCAAUGCUCGAAACCAUUAGGCUGGAAAUUUCAUGAUUGCAAAA